AUGGGAUUUAGGAAAGAGGCUACAUUGGAGGAAGCUGCAGAGUGCAGCAGGAAGAGAAGAAGGCAUAGAUCUGUGGUUCUUAAUGAAAUUGAAGCCGAGCUGAUAGCUGUUAAGGAGAAGAUAAGACACAAUGUGAUGGAUGUGGAUUUAUGGAGGAGGAAGUCGGGGUUUAAAGCUGAAUUCUCAUCUUAUGAGACUUGGUUACUGCUGCGAAAAACUUAUGCUCAAUGUUCAUGGGCAAGAUGCGUUUGGUUCUUGAUGGCUACUCCAAAGUUUGCAUUUAUUACUUGGCUGGCAAUGUUAGACAGGUUAUCAACUAUGGAUAGAGUAUCUAGUUCUCUAGUUGGAACCAGAGAGUAG